AUGGAUAAUUCGUUAAACUCUAAAAAUAAGAGAAAAAAAAAAUAUUUAAUUACGGAACCUAGGGAAAAUACAAAAAGAGACCCAACGAGAACCAGGAUAAAGCUGCUGCAUACUUAUCUAAAAGUUUUCAGCUUUACCCUUUUGAUAUACCUAUUGCAUAAUUUUAAUUGUGACGUGAAUAAUAACACUAGAGGUUAUCAACACAAUUCUGAAACAAGAAAAGAUAUUACAAAUGGAAGACAAUUAACUACUCAUAUUCAUAAUCAUUGUGGUGAAACCCCAUUAUUAGGUGGUUGUGAAUUAAGGAAUAGUACUUCUAUUAAUAAAUAUAAACGUGAAUGUGGGUGGGAUUUUCCAUUUGAUCGAUGUAGAAGUAGCUUUGGUAGAAUGCACCAUCACAACACACUACUUCCGAAUGCUACCUGUACAACAACUGUACACACAACAAAUACAAAUUGUUUAAAUGGAGUACCAUAUGGUAUUGCUCCUCCAUGUGGAACCCAAUAUAAUUACACUCAAACACACCAUCAUCAUCACACUCCAUACAUUGCACCACCAGUGUGCGAACCAAAUUAUUCUAUGGCUAUGGCAGUAAUAGAUGAUACUAUUCAUAGUGCAUUAUCCGUUAACCCUGCACCUUGUGGUAGAUUUGGCUUUGGUGGUUGUGGUGGAUUCAGGACACGAUAUAUAAACCCACUUUUAACGUCAUUUUAUAGAUUGCCAAUAUAUGCUAGAGGAGGUAUAUCUCUUUUAUUACUCCUGAUUCCAAUAGCUGUUGCUUUAAUCUUUAUUUUUAUAGUAAUGGGUUAA